UUUGUGGUGAAUCAUGGCACAAACAACGUCGGGGAGGGCUGCAGGAAUGUCUGGGUGUGCUGGGCGAGGGUUUUUCCAGGCAGGUAGACAUCCCCAGCUGGCUGUCUUCAUCCAGACAGUGCUGCUCUGUCACCCUUGCUCUGCUCCCAGGUUUGUUUGGUUUCUCUUCAAUGCGUCUCAGUGAACCGUGCAAUGUUUGCAGAUGCACUCGUGUGCAGGAGAUAGAGGUAUGGUGAGCUUACUGUUGGCUCUGGCUGGUGGUGUUCCCUUUCCCCUGCCACAUUCCUCUUUCUGUGGCAAGGCUUUCUGCCAGAGACCUUUCACUUUCCUGAUGAUAUUGUGGUCUUUUGUUCCGUUUUCUGAUUUCUCCACUCCAGCUGACUGCAGUGGGCAGUUCCUGUGUUUUUGGCUACUUGCCUUUGAAACAAGGCUGGCAGCUCCUCUCCUGACAUCUCUCUGAACCAUGCACCUCUUACACGAUCCUCUGGAUAUGGAGCCCUGCUACACCUGACCUUUUCUCAUCUUCCUUUUGCAAUACUUCCAAGCACCUUUCCCAGUGGAGUGUUGCAAUUAGAGUGCCAAGUAAAGAGUUGCAUAUUUCUUCAGAGGGAGAGCAAGUUUGUGCUCCUUUCAUCUUAUAGGAAGUUUCUUCUACCCUUGCAUAUGCAGCACUUUCUUGUGGUAUGCAGUCAUCACCAGGAUCACUCCCUUUCAUUUCUUUCAGCGUUUCCCUUUUUGCUGCAGGAAGGCCUGUCUCCGGUGAUCAAAGACAACUGCAGGAGGAGAACGAGGAAAUAGAAUGCUGGAGAAUGGAAUAGAAAACCUGCUUGGAAGAUCUCUGCUUGGAGUGAGACUCAAGGAAAUGCACAUCCACGUUCACUGCCUCUGAUUCCCUGUUGUUAGUGUGGGGGUAGCGGAAGGUAAACUCCUGCUGUUGAUAGGAGUAGGGAUAGAAGCCCAACUCCUGGCUGUGGCCUGGGGCCUGAUGUAUUAUGCAUCUGGCCAAAACCAACACAGGGAGAGGAAGAUAUGCCAAGUCAGAGCGAGAAGAGCCUGGAAGGCUGUAAGAACCACCAGGGGGAGCAUUGAUGAAGUCAUUUUCUGCAUAGCUCCUAACUGGAAAAGAUGCUUUACUGAUAAUGUGCACUUGGGAUUGAAGUGUUGAGAGAGGCACUCGAGGAGGUGAGCAGAUUCACCUGUUCUCACUCCAGCCCUGACUUGCUGUCUUAUCUGUAGUGGAUUGAAGAGACGUAGUUACAAAACACAAGUAUUAGAAAAAAAUGCCUUCAGAGCCUGGAUUUUGCAGAGGUACAGUUUGGCUUUAAAAAACAGCAGGAGUGAGAAGAAGAAAAAUCCUACUGCUGAGGCAUUUUUCACAGGCAGCCAAGCAUGGUUUGAACAGAGACCAGUGACACGAUACGAGGAAUCCUAGAGAGGAUCAGGGAGCCCAAAUGCAGCAAAUCCCUGAGCCCAGCUGACAAACACAUCCCUGCAUUGCGGUGACGAUGAAGUGUGUGACUUUGCAAAGCGUUUGCUGGGGAUGUGUAGUUCUGCAGCAGCCUGGGGAGCCCAGAGAUGCAGCCUUGCACAGUCUCUCCUCCCGACGCAGCAUGGGGAGGAGGCAUUCCCACUGCAGGGUGCCCCGGUGCCUUGUGCACGUGCUCUCUGCUUGUGCUUGGCAGCUGGGUGAGUUGAAUAGAGACUUUUCGGCCUGGGGCUGAAAAUCCCAUGUUGCCAGCGAUCCUGGUUUGGCUGCAACUGCCUCAGGUUCCCUAGGAAACUUUAGUGCUGGCUCAAAUCCGGACUGCGAAAUGGCAGGAGCAGUGACUCUGCCUCCAAUCUGGCCAUUCAUCCUUCCCUGCUUGGUGUGGAUCCAGUGCCAUGGCACAGCAGGCAUGGGGCUGGGAAUAAAAAGGGAACUGAAACCCAGGUGGAGGUAUAAAGUUGUGUUUGUAUUUCUCAAGGGUGGUCCUGGGCUUUUGUGCGCUCUGGCAUGAUGUGGCAGAUUUUGUCCCUAGGCACAACUUGGGGACAAUGCGGGCUGGGGACUGUUCCCAAUAGAUUCACAGUGUCUCCAAGUGCUUAACUCUGUGGUUGAGAGCUGCGCUCUGCUCCUCACUCUCGGUGCCAGGAGCAAAACAGCUCAGUCCUGUAAGCCUGGAUCUCACUUUUGAAGUGCAGUCCCCUGCAGCAGCUGCUGGAGGCAGCCGGAGCCUUUGUUUACCUGCUAAUCCUUCUCUCAUUUCCACUUUUUCUCUCCGAAGAGGGAAAAUGUCACAAAACAGGUUGAAGAUGAGUGGGUAGGGUGUGAGUGUGUGCUAGGCUGAAACUGGGAAAGGUUCUGUCUGCUGGGCAGGGCUGAGCAUGCAGCGUGACUCAGUGUCCCAAGCCCCAUGCUGUGGGCUGCUGGCCAUGUUUGACCUCCUGGCUUGUGGGGUGGGAGAGGUGCGGAGGCAGUGUGGUGAUGAGGAUGCGGAGACCAUAGAAUGAUGGAAUAUUCUGAGUUGGAAGGGACCCAUAAGGGUCAUCAAGUCUAACUCCUGGCUCCACGCAGGACCACUCAAAAAUCAGACUCUAUAUCUGAGAGCGUUGUCCAGGCGCUUCUUUAGCUCUGGCAAGCUUGAGGCUAUGACCACUGCCUUGGAGAGCCUGUUCCAACCCUGUGGUGAAGAAUCUUUUCCUGAUAUCCAACCUGAAACCCCUGAAAAACAGAAGGGAAUCCAGUAAGUAACUGUUUCACAGCAGCCCACCAGCCUGCAUUUGGGCCAUACCUUGACUUUGGACUUAUCUUUGGGCUCGGAGACAUCUUAGCUCCAGUGACCCUCACCCAUCCAUUUUGCUGGUGGGCACUGGGCUCUCUCCAGCUCACCCUGAGCUGGCUCUGUGGGGAGCUGCAUCUCCAUUAGAGCCACUGAGGAAAGAUUCACGCCCCUUUCCUAAUGAGACAGAGUGAGUAAUAGAGAUGCACCUCACGGACGGUGUUGUAAGCGGUGCUACAUGCAUGGUCAGGACCAGAAAGCAGGUCUCCACUAGCUUCUCCCUGCUAUUGUGCAGCAGACACUGAUGCAUGUUCCAUCUUGACAGCAGAGAUAAGCUAUCUGUGUGGUGGUGGGAGCUUGUGUCGCAGCUGCAGCCACCAUUCCUCGCGCUGUUCUUAUCAAAUCUCCUGGCUUGCCAAGUCUGUUUGUUGCACGCUGAAUGGCAGUGUGUUUGGUUCUCCGUACGAUAAGAUUUGUCUGGUGUGAGUCGCGUCCCGAGCAUUUCACUUGUAAUCCUCUUCCCCCCUCUUGGGAGCAAGUGAUCUCUGUCCAGGAAUCAGACUGCAAUUAGGGCAGUGUCUGCUUCGAGGCAGGGGGAUGCUGCAGAGGGGAGCAGCACAGGGCAGCCCAGAGAUGUGCAACUAGUGGCUGGCCCGGCUCUGCUGGCAGUGAUGGGGAAAAUGACAACGACAGAAGGAGACACGGACUGGAGGGAAGGGAGCCAGAGAGAGCAAAUGGCACAGCACGACCACUGAGAACGCAAAAUAAACAUCCUCUGUGGCCAAGUGAGGGCUUUUAUAAACUACUGACUGUCCUGGCGGCUGUGUUAGAGGGGUCAGAAUAAAGGCUCAUGGGAGCUUCAAGAGAAGAGACAGCAUCCCAUAUGGGACCGAUCAGCUAAACAGCAUGUCCUCAAGUGCAUGACGUGUCCCUCAGCACCCAGUAUAGUCCUGGAAAGGGAGAUGGAUUGUCUCAGCUGCUGCUGACCUCCUCCCGGUGGUACUCUGCAAGCACUUCCUGAUCCUGCAGGUCAGCUGCUGGCUUUGAGAGCUUUCUUUCAGAGCUUUGGGAGCUCUAAGCAAGGCUGUGGCUGUAGUUCUCCUCGUGCCUGCAUGAGUGGAGCCCCUGCACUGUUCCCUGGAGUUCUUGCAGUGCUUGCAGGUCUAUCUCAGCUCUUUUCCCCGUGGCUUGCUCUGGAGGCCCAUCUGUUUGUGCAUUUCUGGUGCCCUUUGCUCUGAUAGCAGGGAGGACGGGAGCAGGGAGCGCCACUUCUGUGGGCCUGGGCUUUUCUUAGGUCUCCUUUAGAUGCUUGCACUUCUCUCUUUAGAAGCCCAUUUCCCGCACUGAGUCACUCAUUUUGGGAUCUUGCUUCCCUUUUUUUAGCGCUUUUCUUUUCCAUUUCCAUCUGGUUUGGUUUUUACUGUUUCAUUUUGCAGGACCAUCAAAGGGAAUGCAUUCAAGCUAAUUUCAGAGCAGUGGCAGCAGAUAGUUUCAACUUGACAGCUCCUUCCUCUGCAGACCUCAGCCACAGCCUUGAAUCCAAAGCCCCUCCAGACCCUCUCAAAGCUGAUGGGUGGAUGAGCCACCCUUGGCAUCGCUCCUUGUGCGUGUGACUCAGACAGAUUCUGCUUGUCUGAAGGAUUCCUGCAAAUCCUCAGAGUUGUCCAACCCGCCUCGGCGCAGUGCUGGAACCCGUGAGAAAGGCGCUGGGAGUGAGCUGUGCAGCACCAGCAGCCUUGUUCUAUGGCACUGGGCAUGGAGACUCUGCCCGCGCUCCCGCUGCAUGCCCUGGCUGUGGUGUGGGGCUGGAUCCUGGCAUGGCGGCUCUGAGCUUGAUGGAAGGAGGUCCCCAUGGAUGUUUUGUGUAUGGCGCAAUUCUGCUUUUCUCUUCUGCUUGUUCAAGUUCCAGCCAGCUGGCCUCAUGCUGUCUCUGCUGUGGGAAAUGAUCCCCUUGAAUUCAGGGAAGUUGGGCUUGGGGCGUCUUGGAAGUCCCCUUGUUUCCAUUGUUGGAAGGAGACCAUUCAUUUUGAAAGCCUCUGGUUUUUGGAUUUAAUUGGAACCACCCAAGGGCUAAUUUUUUUCAGAGGCGCUCAAUGCCUCAGUAACUUUACUGAUAGUAGAUGGUGGAAUGAGAGAUCAGCAUCUCCAAUACCUGAGCUACAUUAGCCAGGUGAGCCCAGCUUCCUUCUAGCUUCUAGAACAAGUUUGCAAAGCUGAUUUUUAAUUUUAGAAAAUCUGUCCAUGGGAGUGAGAAUCCAAACAAGAAGAGGGAUACAAGCUUGUGUGUCCAUGCCUGUUUUCCCACGUGCAAGAUGAGGAGCCUGCCAUCUUCCUUACUCAAUGGUCCAGAGCACAGAUGCUACUUCCACACUGCCCAGAGGGGCUCAAGAUGAUGCACAGCCAGGGAGCAGGGGUAUGCAGGUUGGCAGGCCAUUACAGCUUGUCUUCCAGUCCUUUGUUCCUUCCCAUUUUAGUGGAUUCCAAUGUGGAGGAUUUGAGUCUUUCUGUGGAGGACUCAUCCAGUUAGGAAGCAGAUCCACAGACCUGCUUAUCCAGUCUUCUGAUUGCCUCAGUGCUCAGUGAGGGAAGUGAAGGGAUGUGAGGUCAUCUAUAUGAAGCAUUUCUGAGUGGAACUGCUGGUGGCUCCCUGCCUGCUGACUGCCCUCCGAGGAAGAUGGCUGGAAUGUUUGAAAUGUUCAACCUGGAUUUGAAGGUUGGGGGUGUCAUGAAGAUCAAAGGCCAUAUAUCUGAGGAUGCUGAAGGCUUUGCCAUCAAUCUCGGCUGCAAAUCCUCAGAUCUGGCGCUUCACUUCAACCCCCGCUUCAAUGAGUCCGUCAUCGUCUGCAACUCCUUGUGCUCUGACAACUGGCAGCAGGAGCAACGCGAUAAACAUUUCAGUUUCUACAAGGGCUCCACUGUCAAGCUCAUCAUUGAAUUCCUGGGAGACAAAUUCCUGGUGAAACUACCAGAUGGACAUGAAGUGGAGUUCCCCAACCGGCAUAGCUAUGACAAGAUCAGCUACUUGAACAUUCAUGGAGGAUUCAAGGUCACCUCCUUCAAGGUGGAGUGAUGAGUGCUGCUUCCUAGCUCGAAUAAAAACCCAGCUGGGACUGCUUGCUCCAGCUGCUCUGUCUUCUA